CUGCAUUUGAGUCGUACGAUCAUCUCGCGUGUUCCGGUCACGAUGUCUUGUUUUCAUCAUACGACAGUACCAGCUGAACCCAACAGACGAUGGAGGAGAGGGAGGCUGCGCCUGUCGAAAUGUAUCGUGCUCCGUUUCCAUACGUUACAAUCUACUUGCUAUGGUGACCUUGUUAUGAGUAUUUUGGCAAUAACUGUUACUGACGCAGCGAGAUGGUGCAGCAGUAAUGAAAACCUAUUUAUCCUGAUGUAGCCUCCCAGGACCGUUAUGAGAUGCAUCGCAGAUUUUUUUAUAUGUACAGGCUAUCAUCUUUCGUUCUUGAUACAACGUUAUCGCCUGCAAAUUAUGUUGAAUUGAUCUCAAUUAUUGAAAGAAUAUCCUAAAUGAUUUUGGAACAUUCCUGGAAAACAAUCAUGUAUGGAUCGAAGAACUUGUUUAUAGAUCUUAUGAAUUUCAUAUCGUAAUUCUUUGGGACUCCGUUCGACAUUAUCUAAAAUAGCACGGACAGGUGUGUCAUCAUGGAACCUACAGGCUCCACCUUGGACAUGCAGAUGGAGAGUGUUGAGAGGAGUACAGUGUUUCUCAGACAAGAACAUCUCACCCUACUGCAUGGCCUACACCUGGAGAUCCUGUCCUUGCAGAAACGAUGUAGCGAGUUGACAUGUGAGCUGAAUGUGAAGCCUCCAGGCAAGAGUGAACUGGACCUGGCGGAGGAGGAGGAGCAGCUGGAGGCCCGCUGUCUGGAAGUCGAAGAUCGCCGGGCCGAACAGCAGUGCAUGCUGGGAGAGCUGUGUAAGGAGCUGACUCACAAGGGGGCGCUGGUUGGUGUGCUGCGGGCUAACCUCAAGGACAAGGAGCGCCACUUCCUGGACGAGCUGAAGCGCCGCAGCCAACGCUCCACGGUGCUCAACACAGAGCUGCAGAGGCAGACCGAGGCGGCAGCCUACCUCUCGUUCCAGCUGCACGCUGCCCGACAGAAACUGCAACACCAGCGGCUGCAGCAGAGAAAGCAGGCCCUCAGGGAGAACUGGGAGAAUAGGGAUCGUCAUCAUGGGAAUCCCCCUGGGCCCCAGUACAGCCAAGCAGCCGAGUGGGACACUGCCAUCUUUUCUCCCUUUUCUCCCCAGUCGCCCUCCGGUUUCUCCAAUGCCUCCAACACCAGCUCUGCCAUAGCCUCCCCUGUGGUCAAGCCUAAACGCAGGGGCAGCAGGACCAUGUCAGGGCACCAGCUCCGGGCGGAGAGGGCCAGGGAGUGUGUCCCCCAGGAGAGGGUGACGUGCCCUGCAGAGCCCACCGCCAUGCCUGACCCAGCGCUGUUCCUCCACCCUCACCGCAGGCACCACAGGUCCAGGGCCAGGCAUUCCUACUCCCUGGCCCACAGACAGAAUCCUCUGGUGGGGGAAAGAGGGGAGGAGGAGGGGGGUGGAGAGGGGCCCAUGGAGCCCCAGGAUGGAGCUCCUCCCAGACUGGCAGCCACGGCCACAGCAUCACCUGCUGGCUGCUCAAACCAAGGCUGAAUAACUAGCCCCACUGUGACCAUCCCUAGAAAUGCAUCAUCAUCAUCGCUAUCCUCAUAAUCACUAUGACUAUCUGAUUUUAUUAAUACUGUAAAUCGCCCAUUGUCCUGCACCUUUAUCGAAUUGAUACUGAGAUUAAUUUAGCAUUGUUGAUUAUAAUCCUAUUAACUCAAAUUACUGGUAUUUAGAUGUAUUGCUAUGAUGAACACUUUUUAUAAUUAUACAUUUUGACAUGACCUGAAUUAACCCAAACUUCCAGGUGUACGAACACCCAAUGAGGUUGUUGUUACUAAUCACUUCACGUCAAUGUGUAGAAUCAUGUAGUUGAAUGCAUUUACACUGGCGUUGCUCUAUAUAACGUUAUUAUGGGGCCUUAUCCGAGUGUGGCAUCUUGUGUGGAGGUUAGUUUAACCUAUGGCCUGUUGCCAUAGACCACAGCACCUACUGUGCAAUUACCUUACCCUUCUGUGUCGUUUUAGGGCCAACCAUAAAUCAACCCUGGGUUGCCCUUGUAGAAAACAUUUUCUGACCUCUGUUACGCUGAGUCACAGUUGGGUAGCGUCUGAGCAUCUGUGUAUGUCCUUGCUGUGAAUACUAUUACAUUUCAGAUCUGCAUCAGUGGCCUUCACUUGAAAAGUUCCCACAUGGCCAAGAGGUGUAGUCAUACCGUCAUAUCCCACUGAAUCUUUCUUUAUUCCAUUGGUCAUACAAUAGGUAGGCCUACAGCACACCCUAUAUGUUAUACAAUAAUUGAAAGUAACAUUAGUCCACUGGCCUCACACACAGAUCUUAGUGGGUUUUAAUUAUAUUGUGUCUCUGAGCUUUAAAAAAAACUACAAAUAUUACCAAACACUGAUGAAGCUAUUGGAUGAGUUUAACUGGAGUUCCUGGCAUCCUGCAUAAAUAGGGGGUGGUAUAGGUAACCUUCUAAUCUAGCAGAUGCUUUGCAAUAACAGAACACUUUUGGGUAAUAAUGCAUUGGGACCAGUUUGGCCAGAUGCUUCUCUCAGGUUUAGUGAGGUGUGUGUAAUACUGUACACAGAGAAUAGUAUUUCUCUGUUUAUUUACAUCUGUGGUUUGCUGGGGGGGUUUCACCUUAGGGAUAAGAAACACAGAGGAAUAUUGUUUAUAGAUGGUUUGUUGCUUUUGUUUUGGGUUGAACUUAGGCUGUGGCUGAUUUGAUCUCACUAUUACUAGUCAAGCAAAAAGGGGUUAUUAGGGCCUUCUGGUAGAUUUGUCUCUUGUCUCAGAUAGCUGAGAAGAGAAAAUUCUCAUUUUCUUAAAUAAAGUGGUCAUCUACAUGGUAGAUUCCAAGCUGUGUAGACAGCAGCUGUUGAAAGCCAUUAGUUGACGCUAUGAAACCAGCCAAUGACAUUGAUUUGCACUUGGCUGACCCUAGUGGUGUAGUGAGAGAAUAGCACCCAACCAGAUGAAGAUGUGUGGUGUCACUUGUUCUGAACAUUUAACCUAGUCUCUUUUCCUUUUUAUUGUCUUUUAGUUGAUGRAAUUGGUGGAUUUUACAUUCAACAUCAGAUAUUCUUACAUUUUGAAACUGUAUAUCUUGGUAGGUAAUAUAUCUUAACCCUUAUAUGAAUGUACAUAUAUAGUCUGAUAAUAACUCAAUAUAACACAGACGUAAUCUUUUUAGUAGACACUCUUAGCCAGAGCGAGUACAUACUUUUUCAUACUGGUCCCCCGUGGGAAUCGAACCC